GAGGGAGGGAAACACAACACCCCGAGAAGAGGCGCAUUGCAAGACAAAUACGACGCAGAAAGAACGAGAGUGCGCGUCAGUAGGUUUUACCCUGACCUCGGUCAGACGGACAUGGUUUAAUUUAACCGGAUCUCUGCAAACUCACAGUUCAAUCUAUCUUUGCCCACUGGCACGUUCAAAUCCUCGCGACGUUCGCGAUUUAACCUCACUCUUUAUUGGAAGAAAGAAAGGAUAAGCUGUUUUUCCGGAGGUGAAAACAACAAGAAAGCCCAGUGAAGAGUGCUUUACAGAAGCGAUUAACGAUUCUGGCUCAACGACCUGUAGCGCCGUGCAUUGUUGCUUGAAAUUACCGACCGCCAAUUGUGAAGUCCGUUCCUAACUGACAAUUGCUCCACUUGCUUUAAACCAUUAGUCCUCGCCAGUUAUCUUGUUGAUAUCUUGUAUUUAAGAUGUUAGGGCUACUUUUAUUAGUAGCCAUUCUUGCUACAUCAACAUUUGCCUACAAUGGCGAACUGGUGGAACAAGAAUGUCCCAUGGACUGUCAUUGUCAUUAUUUCCGUGUCAAUUGGGUGACCGACUGUUCUGAAAGCAACUUGACGAGCAUCCCGAUUGACGAGCUUAGUCCAAAUGUCUACGUUCUAGAUAUGAAUGGUAACAACAUCGCACAGGUUGCUCCAUUUCCACAUUCGAUCAAGCUAAGACGUCUUCAGAUGGCACAUAAUCGAUUGACCGAACUCAAGUAUAAGUCGUUCGCCGGAUUAACUUAUUUAUUGGAAGCGGAUUUUUCCUCAAAUGCUAUCACUCAUGUUGAUCCCGAGACGUUUAGGGACAGUCCUGGUCUAAUUACUCUGGAACUUCAAAACAACCCUUUGGAAGAGGUUAAGGGUCACUUCUUAAAAUGUCGCACCUUGCUCUACCUCGAUUUGAACUCGUGCGGUAUACGCCAUCUGAACACACAAUUCUUCCACAAUACAACGAAUCUAAAUAAACUCGACUUGUCCCAUAAUCCACUUGGACAAAUUAAGCCUGGCCCAUUCGAUCAUCUCGCCAAUUUGGAAUACCUGAAGCUGAACGCUUGCAACUUGACCCACAUUUCAUCAAUCGCGUUUGCCCAUUUGGAAAAUCUUCGAGAACUCGAGAUGGCGGAAAAUGAUCUACGCACGUUAAGUUGGACGAGUGUAUUAGCGCCUUUAGUUCGAUUAGAAUAUUUAAACAUCAGAAAGACUGGCAUCACCAAUCUACCAGGCGAUGCCUUCGCACAGAACUUAUAUCUUAGACAAUUGGUCCUUGCUGAUAAUGAAUUGUGGCACUUGGACGUUGGAAAUACAUUGGGUCAUAACUUGCACAGUCUUCAAUCGUUGGAUCUAUCGAAUUGCAAUCUGCAAGAUCGCCUUUCGGAAGAGGCUUUCAAAAACGCUAGUAAACUGCGCGUGUUGAACUUGAGCGGUAAUCCAAUGUUCGCCAAUGAUUUGACAGUUGUUCUGCGUCAUUUGCCAAAACUUCAUAAACUUUCAUUGAGCAAAUGCAGCCUGCAACGUCUACCAAACGCGUUCCAUAUUUUUAAACAUUUGGAAGAAUUAGAUAUCUCGCAUAAUCCUCUGACAAACGCGUUCGUCAGUUUGCUAAACCCGCUAGAAUCGUUAGAAUAUCUGGACAUGUCUUAUUGUAAUCUUGGUUACGUUGGAAACAACACAUUUGCUCACAUGACUUUUCUGAAGAAACUGAUCUUAUCCGGAAACAAAUUGCAUACGCUAGAAGAAGGAUUAUUCGCUAAUCUGACACGAUUGGAGAGUCUAGAAUUGAACAACUGCGAUCUGAAGACUCCCAUUGAUCCCAAGGUGUUCGGUGAUCGCAUCACUACCGACAUCAUCGAACUCAAACUCAGUGGAAAUUCUUUAGAAGUACCCGAGGAUGGCCCCCUAUUACCGACACAAUUGUCCAAUCUCGAAAUCCUCGAUCUCAGCAAUUGUAAUCUGACUCAUCUGAAUGAAAAUCUCUUUUCCACGACGAAAAACUUGACCCAAUUAAAUCUAUCCAGCAACACUAUUUCCGGCACAGAGAAUCUUGUCUGUCUGAAGAAGUUACGUAUGCUAGAGCAUCUGGAUCUGAGCAACAACAGUUUGGCUACUAUCAACCGGCGAGUUUUCAAGUUCAAUUCACGUCUGUUAUCGGUCAACUUACUGGGCAAUCCAUUCGUAUGCAACUGCUUCAUCACUGAUAUGUGGGACUGGGCUGUGCAAGUGAAGAACGAUCUACACGUGUUGGUAGGCAGUCAACCGGCAAAUUUCGAAACCGGCGCAGCGAAAUUGAGAAAGAGCCUGUCCUGUACCUACGACGACGAUACUUAUCGCCAGAUUGAGCAAGCUCGCGCUAGUGGUGAUCGUCCUUCUAGAAAAGGCGACUUGUCCCGCACCCGUACCUGGGCAAAAUAUGUUCGUGAGUCGAAUUGCGGUCGUAGUUUAUGAUACAUAGCGAACAAAUUUCAACAUCCAAUACUGAAUUUCUUUUACGAGAAGACACAUAGCAGACAAAGAAGCGAGUUGUAACGUAUCGUUGAAACUGCAAGGCGUAUGCAAUUAUACCAUACACAUUUAUACGUGUACAUAUAUAAUUAUGCGCCAUUUUGUUAAUAAGUAAGACUUAUCUAUUCCCCGAACGAAGCCAAAAAACGUCCCUUUUACUUCUAUGAGGCAUAUGACUUUAUUUUUGUAGCUGGUUUCAAUAGGAUUAAGAUGUAUCGGUAAGACGCAUGUAUCAAGCGAUAAGAUGUUGAAAAAUUUUUAUACGCGGAGAUAACUUGACCUCGCGUUACAUUUUGAUUGAAUGGAAUCUAUAUAUUGUAUGUAUUAUUUCGUGCGAGCAUCGUCAUCCUCGUAAAAUCAGAAGAUGGUGAUCGAUCAUUCUUUUAGAUGGGAACGAUGACCAUCUUCGACGAACUUCGACCCUUUCAUAGUUUGAGGGAAAAUGUAUUUAUACGCUGGAACGUUGUACUUGUAUUUCGUUGAAGAGCGGGGUAAUACGUCUAAUGUCGGUUGGGAUGAUUAAUGUAACGAGGGGUAAUAAAAGAAAAAAUAUUUAUCGAUCGUCGGAACAACGGGAGGUUCUCGAAUUAUCAAUCACUCUUUUACUUCGAGUCUCUUUUGUGUUUCACAGACGCCUCUUUUUUUUCACACAUUGAUGCGAGAAUUAAUGGUCGAAAUCUAAGACCAUUCGUUGUUCCGAUGACAAUGGUGCCGUGUUUUUAAUUAAUCUCGCUCGACGAUCGAAUUAAUUCUCACAUUUUAUUCGCGUCUUACGUGAAUAAUAAAAUUGAAUUGAAUCAAUUAAUUGAUAAAAAUUGUAACAAAAGAUUGUUCAAUUGUUAAAUAAUGCAUGUUAAAUCAAAACAAGGAAUUCAUGAUAAAAUAAGAAAAUUCUUGGAAAAAGUUUAAUCUUUACAUUGAAAUCGAAUAUAGAUUCUAUUUAAGCAUUGAAUAACGUGAAAUCGUCAAUUAUCUUCGCGCAAUUGCGUGGAUAAUUAAUACAAGGUUUUUGCAUGCUCGUACUUUUGUAUCUAUUAUUUUUCUGUUAUUAUGCGAGCAUGUUACGUAAAUAAGUAUGGAUAUCGCCAGGUAUAUAUUUCCAUUUAGAAAAAUAUUUAGUUGUUCAAAUUAUUGUCUUUCAACUGAAUUGAAAUUGAUAUUGAUCAUAUUAUUUUUUUAAUUAAUUAAAAUAAUUCGUGAUUUGUUAACACAGUUCUACUUAUAAUUUCUAAUCUUAUAAUUUAUUAUUUAUGAUUUAAAUUCUCUUUUUUUUAUUAAUAAUUUAAUAAUUAAUAAUUUAAUAAUUUAAUCUAAUUCUGUUUUGUUCUACUAAUUGAGGAUCAAUGAUUUCAUAAGAUUUAUCAUUUGUUCUUAUUAUUAUUGUUAAUAAUAAUAGUAUAUUAAAUUCAAUUAUAUAAUCAAUAUAUAAUAGUAUAUUAGCUUCAAUUAGUUUUUGUUUUUCUUUAUAAUAUAUUUAUUAAGUUCAAUAGUUGAGCGUAUUUAGAUUAUUUUAGAAUACAAUUAUUUUAUAAUUAUCAAGAGUAAUAAUGUUUUUCAAUUGUUACUACUUUGCAAUUAAUGUCACGUGCCGAAAAACAUUUGUCUUCUUUGGAAAUUGAAUUUCGUUUAUGUAUUCUUCUAUAUAUUUUUCUUUUGUAAUUAUUUGCUAUAUUCUUAUUUGAACCAUAAAGUGUUCUUUGGCGGUGUUCAUAUAUAAAUAUAGAAUACUCUUAUAAAA